AUGAAUCACCGCUCACAGAUCCGCUCGCAUGAAAAGGGGCCCCAAGCUAUUCACCUAGAAUCCCAGGUAGAACCCCCCCUCUCAUUCCUCAUCACCCCAGGCCCCAGAAUGAAGCCCUCAUCCUCCCUCCUCCAUACCACCCUCCUCACCACUCUCAUCCACUCCAGCACCGCCCUCGUCGGUCUCUCCUGGAACAUCCCGUCCGCCCCCUCCACCGGACUCACCGAAAUCACCUUCCCAAUCUCCAUGCCCUCCGCCCCCCACAAAUCAGGCUACUACUUCGCCGACAAUUCGGCUUCGCCGGCGCCGCCGACGUCGGCUACACAGGUCUGCAGCCGCGCGAAGACUCCGCCUCCACCCCCAUCAUCCACGGCGUCUUCUCCAGCUUCGUCAACGGGACGACCACCCGCGACGCGAACUGCCACGACGGCGCGGACGGCGGCGCGGGGUGGUGAAUUCGGGAGGCGAGACGUGGACAGGGACGCUGGUGGAUACGGUGACGGGGGCGCGCACGCAUAUCGGGGCUUAUACGCUGCCGGCUGGGUCCGGGGGUCUCAGGGCAGCCAGGUCGGGUUUGUGGAGUAUUAUCCGUGGAAUUCGGGGUCGCAUUCGUGUGGGCAGUUGCCGGCGACACAGGUUGUUUUCGGGAAUCCGGUGAGUGCGGGGAUGCAGGGCCGUGCAGGCAAGCCCCAUGAAUAUGGGGAUUGUGUUGGGCAGGUGGAUUUCCGGACGGAGGUGACAGGCGAUGGGUAUGAGGUUACGGUUGGGUUUUAG